UCUUUUCGGAAUUUCUUUAUCCAAACCACCUUCCAAAUGAAGCCCGUGACAGCUAAACUAUCUAUUACAUUCCAAUAAAGAAGGAGCCUGCAUGAACAAGGCAGGCAAACUAGUGGACAAAGCUUGCCAGACUCCAGCUUCCUAUUGUCACCGCCAUGGAGGUUGUGGACAGAGCCGCUGUGAUAGAAAAUUUCGAAGCGAUCCCUUCGUUUGAAGGCAGCCUCACUCCACGCUUCAACUUUUCGGCGGACACUUUCCAUGCAAUUAUUCACGCGUCUAAAAGAGAAAGAUACAUCUCUCCUGCUGCAGAAACUGCCUUCGUAGUGUGCUAUGUGUUGAUUAUACUGGCUGGGGUCAUUGGGAACGUCCUAGUGGGUUAUGUGAUAUGGAGAAAGAAAACUAUGAGAACUCCACGGAACCUAUACAUAAUCAACUUAACUUGUUCAGAUUUGAGCAUGUGCAUAUAUUGCAUGCCGUUUACUCUGGUCCAACUACUAAAUAAAGAUUUUAACCUCGGGCCUGUCAUCUGCAAGCUCAUGCAAGUGGUUCAAGGCACUAAUAUUAUGGUGUCCAUCUCAACAAUAGUCGCCAUAGCAGCUGACCGAUACGCCGCAAUUGUGGUUGGCCUCACAGAGCGGAGUCACUGGUAUGUCGGAUGGUCCUUGGCGGUGAUCUGGACCAUAUCUAUUGUGUCGUCACUCCCUCUGUUCUCGUGGUACGAAGUGGUUCCAGUGAAGUUUUACCAAAUUCUUCUCUACAAGCGAUGCGUGAUUACUUGGCCAUCCGCUCAAGUGAAGUAUGCAUACAUCGUCAUUCUGAUGAUCAUGAUGUACGUCAUACCGAUAAUUGUGCUAAGCAUCAUCCAUGGUUCGAUUAGGAGGUACUUGAGCCGCCACAUGGUGAAUCAACAUGACUCAAGACGUGCACAGAAGGAAAUAGAUAGAAAUAGGAAAACAACGAUGCUUCUGACGGCCAUCGCUGUGGCUUUUGGAGUGAGCUGGCUUCCCUGGCAGAUCGUAAAUCUCAUGGCCGACUUUAAUUACUCAGGCUUCCAAGAUUCCGAAACUUUUUACACGGUGUUUGGAUCAUGUCACCUUCUCGCGAUGAGUACGGCUUGUACUAACCCCAUUCUUUAUGGAUGGCUAAACACAAAUCUACGACGAGAAUUACUGGAAUUUUUACCGUUGAUCGCCAGGAAAUUAAGCCUGAGAAGAGCUUGGUCACUCGAGAAUACUACGAAACAAGAACAAGGCGAUUCCCCCACCCGGGCGGUCGAAAGUGUUACCUAUUCAACCGUCGUCUUCAAUGCCAAAAACAGUCCUCGAGUGUUGACUAGAACGAUGUCUCCAGUUUCCCCAGAAGUAAACCAGACAAGUCCACUGGGCCGGAAAUAUUCCAAGAGAUCUACGCCGUCCCCCACAGAACAGAUGGUUUUAUUGACCCUAAAAGAAGUGUCGCCCAGAAAAUCUUCCACACACACCAUUGCUUCCAGAGACGUGUCCCUCAGGACUCCCCAAGACAUCCCUCGCAGCGACCAGCUAUUGGAAGGAUUCCAGCCUAAAAGCUGCGACGCUUGAGAACAACAAGCACCUCCGAGUCUCCUACCUCCAUGUGAUGU